CAUUUUGCAGGCUGUCCGCAGCUGCCACAAUCUCGUCUCAUCGUCUCCUCGCUCCAGCCUGCGCCAUGGAGAGCGAGGUCGCCGCCGAGCCACCUACUGCUCCCUCUAUCCAUGAGCAGGACGAAGACAUGGAACCUCCUCAUCGCCUCUUGUCAUUCAGAGAAUAUCGCGGCACGAGGCAUCCCACGAGAGACCUUGGCGAGGUCGGAGACAUAUAUAUCAGCAUGUGCCCCUCGAACUAUGCGCUGUACGCGAAGCUAGACGACGACUGGGCGCAGUGGCCCGGACCGGGCAGCAUGCUCACCAUCGUGCACCCCGACUAUGAAGAAUUUACCCUCGGGGUCAACAUGAAGAAGAAGAUUAUCGGGUGGCUCGAAAGCGGGAGCCUGGAGGAUGAAUACCCGCCCUAUGUUCAGUUCCCCCAUGACGCUUUGUUCUAUGUCCUGGAAGGGAACGGUGUCCGCUACGUACCCAGAAUCAUCACUGGCGACAAGCGCAGGAGCUCUCGCGCCCCGGCAGGACCUCCCUUCAAGCGUCCCAAGCUCGGCACGGCAGGAUGGACCCGUCCGGAUCAGGAGGAGGCGCCCUCUCGGCCUGAAGACUCAGACUCGGACGACGACUUCUACUGGACGGACCAGGAGGACGAGGAGAAGCUGAAGAAAGUGCCCGAGAGACCCAUCUACCCUCCCGAAGACCUGGUCGCGCUACCCCGACGCCCCUACACCGGCACCACUGUGACGAGCGCGAUCACGAGCGGCAAGGAUGUCCCCACCUACGCAGACGAUACCUCUAUCGUUCCGCCUCCCCCGACGCCUCCCCCAUCACCCCCUCCUCCCCGAAGUCCACGGCUCGCACAUACGUCCUCCAAGGGAAGGAAGAACGCGACGAAGGCACCCCGUUCGCGUGCUCCACGUAAGACACCCGCGGCGAAGAAGAACGCGAAGAAGGCUACCAAAGAGAGCGUCAGCGCGCCUGCAGCCACCAAGCGACAAAGCCCCGAGCCCGGUCCUUCUAAGCAGCCCUCCGUGCACCGUGACGAUGACGGCGAGAGCGAACGAUCGGACACCCCCGAUCCUGCCACCUUCGACUACGACAGCGACGGCGGCUCGGACGAGAGCGGCGAGCGCCAGGGCUUCUUCACGCGCGCGGACGUCACCUUCCAACCCGAGGACUCGCGCUUCCCCACCCCCACCACGCCCGCGGGACCGGAAGAAACGCAUCGCGUCGUCCUCAUCCACCCCCCAUUCACCCGGUACCCCGGCUCUGGCAGCGGGCACGCGCUGCCGCUCACGUACAGUCUGCUCGUCGAGCACCCGGACUGGGUUCUCGACGCGCGCGACUUCGUGUGGAACGGGAACCCGAACCCGCGCGCGGUGCCGUACCCCGCGUCGCUCGAGCCGCCGCGCGGCCGGCUGAUCAAGGAGUCGCGCCUGCGCUGCACGUUCUGCAACCGCUCGUACGCGGGCGUGAACGCGAAGAGCAUGUGGCGGCGGCACGUCUUCGACUUCCACGGGAUCGCGAUGACGAACCGGCGCGACGGCGUGGGCAAGUCCACGCUCAACCCGCCCAUGAAUGGGCCGCGCGACCCGUCGGCGGGGCUCAAGAUCCAGUCGGCGCCGGGGAGCUCCCUCAUCAUCCCGCCACCGUCGCGCACGCAGCGGCUGCCACCGAGGUCGCUGGCGGAGAACGUGCCUGCGCAUCUGCCUGGGUCGUUCAGUCGAAGGUCUUCGGAGAGGACUGCGAGUCGGGCGUCUAGUUAUGCGACACCCCCGCCUCCUCCUCCUCAGCCUCAACCAGAACCUCAGCCUGAGCCGCGGCCCGAGCCUCGGCGUGAUGUCCAGCCCGAGCCGCAGUCUGAACCUCAACCUCAGGCUCAGACUCAAGCCCAGCCUCCGAUACAACCUUCGCCCCAGCCUCAACCUCAGGCUCAGCCUCCAUUGCAGCCUCAACCUCAGCCCCAAACCCAGGCCCAGCCGCAAGUUCAGGCGCAGGUUCAAUAUCAGCCCCAGACUUAUGUGCAGCCUCAGCCCCAGCCUUAUGUGCAGCCCCAGCCUUAUGUACAGCCCCAGCCUCAACCUGUGCUACACCCGCAACCGCAGCCACUGUCUCAACCGUACAUACGAUAUCCGUUAUCGACACAAACACAACUUGCGUCAUACGGAGCCAACGCAGGCGCAAGUGGACAGAGCACUACCGCUACCUCCGCCACUCCCACCACCACUGUCGGCGGCUACUACCGUAAUCCCAAUCGGCGUCACCACAGAGAGCCAGAUCCACCCUUCCCUCGCGGCCCAUCACCCCCACGGGCCUUUGAGCCCUUAGUCGUGACCGAAGAACUCAAGCAAAGGCUGUUAGCCAAGCUUCCCAUUGGCGUCAAGGGCUCAAUAACGAGCCUCACCGGGGACUCGCGCCCGCCACCUGGGCAGACGUCGACGUCCACUCUCGCGACCUACGACUCGAACGGCGAGGCGCGGCUCAUGGCGGCGGCCGCGAUGAAGCUGGCGGAGGCGCCAACUGCGCCUCCGCCGCAGCCUCCCCCGAAAUACGCGACGUCGUAUUUCUAUUCGGCGACUACACCGUCAUAUCCGCCGACAGCGUCCACUUCGGCGUAUACUGCGUCUCAGCCCUUGCGGUCGUAUGCGUCCUUCCAGACUGUCGGAUCGUAUGCAUCAUCACAGUCUGGUGGCCCGUAUGCCUCUUCGCAUCCUGUUAGCACGUAUGCGCCUGCACAACCUGUCGGGUCAUAUACGUCGUCGCAACCCGGUCGGACGUAUGCACCCUCUCAACCCGCACCACCGCGCACGCCUCUGCCUCCGCCCCCAUCGCGUACCCCAUCGCAGCCCGCGCCACCCCAGACACCUCAGCCCGCGCCGUCGCAGACACCGCAGCCCGCGCCCCAGCCAGCGUCAAAUCAGUCUGCUCCACCAACCACGCCCUCACCAGCAUCGUUCUUCCCGCCAGGUUCGUUGCCAAGGAACUUCCCCCCUCCACCGUCCUCUGCGCCGCCCUCGUAUAGCAACCUAUCAUCGUUCACCAACGGCUCAACGAGCAGCUCGUCGUUCACAAAUGGCUCAUCGUCCUUCAGUAACGGCAUGACCAGCGGCAUAUCGUCCUACGGUAGCAACUUGAGCAACGGCAACGGCAACGAUGCGACGAGUAGCUCAUCGACGACCUUCAACAACGGCUUCGGCCACGGCAUUAAUCGGACUGGGGGGCUUAACGGCAACAGCAACGGCGUCCUCAGCACUCAUACCGGCCUCCCGAUGGACACGUCCUUCCUGCCGCCAAACUUCCAGCAGCGCUUCCCCUCCGCGCCCUCCCGUUCCACGACGGAGACCCCCGACGAGCGAAAGACAGCGGACGAACCACCCAGCACACAGCGUGAGCCGGUCGACCCCGACGCUUGCCAGUGCUUUAUCCCGACGCAGUCCUGCGUGAUCUGUCGCAUGCGGCGCCAGUCGACGAGCAACGGGGCCAACAAGACUUGACGAUGCGCUCAGGGCACUCAAACUACGCGCCGCAGGCCGCGCGGAGGAUGAGACGGGGGAAGACUUUGCAUACAUCCUUCCCGUCAAGACUUUGUACAUACCAUACGCACCAGCGCGCAUCGUUGCGUAGUUUCGCCACUCUGCAUAGUGUUUCUUGUUGCAUUAUCACUAGUCACGGCUUUUAUCGUGCUGAUCAACGCUUGUGAUCUCAUUUUCUGGCCAUAUAGUUGGUCGUGCGUCG